AUGGUUAACAAGGUCAUUGUUGUUCUUGGCAGUGGUCCAGGUAUCGGAGUCGCAACGGCCUCUCUGUUUGCGUCUAAAGGCUUCGAUGUCGCACUGCUGGCGCGCCACAAAGUGCGCCUGCAACAAGAUACAGCCCAAGUUCAACAGGCCGGUCUGGGUGUCCACGUCAAAGCGUAUUCUGUGGACAUCUCCGAUCACGUUGCUCUUUCGAAGACGCUCGAUGAAGUCGUCACCGAACUUGGGCCUCCGGAAGUUGUUUUCUUCAAUGCUGCCAGGGUGAGGCCGGCCAAGCUCGAGGAUGCCACGCCGGAUUACCUGCUGGAAGACUUCAAGACGAUGAGUCUGGGACUCUACGUGGCGGCAACAUGGUCCAUGCAACAUCUGAUCGCGAAGGCUGGUCGGCCGGACGCUCAUCCUUCAUUUUUGUACACCAUUGGCGGUCUCUACAACCAUCCGCUUGCAGACUACUUCUCCUUGGCCAUGCAGAAAGCUGCACAGUUCAGCUUCAUGGGCAGCCUGAACCAGGUUCUGGCACCACAAGGGGUGCAUGUCGGGGGCGUCGAUGUUCAGGGCCUCGUGGACGACAAGCAACCGGUGCUCAACGCCAGAAACAUUGCUCAGAGUUUCUGGAAAUUGUAUGGGCAAGACGAGAAGACCUGGGAAUUCAAUAUCGAGAUGGGCAACUGGGAUGAGUUCAUCAGACAGAUGACGGGUGAGUGA